AUGAAGGAGAUCAGUGGUAUAAAUUGUGAUUGGGCUCAAGAAAUGCUACUUCUGCGUUCAAUGCAAAAUUCCUGUAAUUUGAUAGCAUUUUGUGCCGUUUGUUGCACCUCAUCAUCAGUAUCAUCAUUAUUGCUGCUUCCAAUUAUACACUUUAAUUCAGUUGAAGAUUUUAAACUUUCAAAUGUGGAUGCUUUAAAUGCUGAAGCUGCCAAUGCUGCUAUUGUUGUUGCCUGGUUUGCUGCAGAUUUAUCGUGA